AUGGCAAAUCCUCAAUUGUUUCUGAGUGAGUUGAAGUAUGGUGGGCGUAAGGAGAAGAAAUGCCAUCAUGCAGGUGGACUGAUAGUCUCAACCUUGCCAAUGCUCUCAUCCCCCAAUACUUUGGGGUCACAAGAGCUAUGGAAGUUAAGACCGCAGAAGAAACGUUCAGAAGAAAUGUUUGACAUAGCGUGCAGAUUUGGAGAUGGGCUUCUUGCUAUUGAAGAUUACACACAAGUGUUCCCACUACCAGGUAAGAUUCAUUGCUUAGAGUAG